AUGAAUCCUUCAAAAAUAUUUUAUCUUUAUUCAGAUCGCCUAAAUCCCACGAAGCAGGUGUAUUCUAUGGAGCAUGCCUUUGAAGAGCCCACAUUUCGAUUCAUUUGUGGAGGGGUGGACAUCGAUUUCAAAGCAAAUGUAUUCAAUGAGCUGUUGAAAAUAAUUCCAAAGCAGCGGUCUAAUUUUGUACACGAUGCAUUACCCAAUUUCAAACGUAGUGCUCAUCAAACGCUACAACUAUUUCGGGGAUUAUGUAGCAGAAAUUUAGUUUCUUUUGCACAAGUGCGCUCUACUCCUCAGAGGUUACUUUCUCUUUAUGAGACCGUUGCUAUGGUGGAUCCAGCCCUUGCACUAGUUCUUGCUGAUCACUUUACAUUUUUUGGUCUUGUUGCCUCACAUGCUGACACAAAAUUACAAAGGGUCCUUUUAGAAGGAGCAGAUUCCGGUCGAAUUGUUGGUUGCAUUGCUCAACGUGAGUUGAGUGCUGAUGAACCACCGUUUAAUACCGAAGCACGUUAUGAUGCAUAUGAAAAGUGUUUUUAUAUACGAGGCACCGGAAAAUUUGCUGUUGUAGCGGCAGAAUUUGCUGACUGGGCAAUUGUGUCUGCAACAUUGACUUUACAUAAAAGUGACAACCAGGGCACAUAUUUAUUUCUUGUUCCACUACGCGAAGGCGGUCACUUAUGCAAAUGUAUUUCGGUUUCACCAAUUGCAUCUGAAAACGACACCUUGAAUAGCAGCGGAUCUGCUAUAAUCCACUUUGAUGAGGUGCGUAUCGAGCCCAAUUAUUUACUCCAUCCUUUUACUAUAACAAAGGAUGGCAGGAUAAGUUAUGUGGAGGGAAAAAGGACUGAUACUAGCGUAUUAGAUUUACUGCAAAUGAGAACAAGACUGGCGACUGGCGCUAUCUAUGUUGGCCUUUUAAAAAGGUUACUCACUGAUGUGGUGCAUUUUGUGUCACAGAAGGAUGUUGUCGGACCUGAUUUUCGAAGAAAUUACCCUUACUUUGGCAUUCAACAUGUACAGAGGCCAUUAGUUAGCUUCGUGGCUAAGUCGUACGUGUAUUUCGUAGGAUGGCAGCAAAUACUUUCAAGUUUCACGAAUGUGUCCUCUAUUCUUCCCCGCUACGAAGAUCACAUGAAGUUGGCCGGUACAAUCCAUUUCCUUCAGGAAUUGGUUACUGAUUUGAACAUAUUUGCACUUAAGUUUCUGGGGAUACAUUCUAUUCUGUCCAGUUCUAUAUUUGAUAGUGCAUUUGCUGUAGUACAGCUACGUAAGGAACGAUUGGACAGUACCACCCUUAUUCGUGAAGUUGCCUUUAAGUCCGUUACAAAAAAUAUCGGUACCACACACUGGGGCUGGUGGCUUACUAGUUUCCUUCAAUCUCUUCCUUCACUUGAUAGAUUUGUAAAAAAUCCCUUUUAUUCUCCGAGAAAUGCAGAAUUGGGUCGACAUUACAUCUUCUUUAGCCAUAAGCACUACGCCUCUAAGCGUCGUUUGCGAUUGUCACGUGAGAUAGAACGACGGAGAGGUGGAAGCGAACAUCAAUGGUAUGAUUGGGUCAUGUUUCAGCAUCGCGAAGUUGUGCAUUGUGGAGAGGCCUUUAUGGAAAUGUAUUUCAUGGAUUGCAUAAUGAAUGAAACUCAAAACUGUACCGAUCCACGUGGUCGAAAACUUCUUCGCGAUGUAGGAUGGAUCUAUGCUCUCACACGACAAAUGGAUCGUCUUGACUUCAUAUUAUCCAAAAAAAUGCUAAGUGAAGCCAAGGCUGUGGCACUGUUUUCUCACAUAGACAACCUUGUCACAGUGUUGGCACCUCAAUGUGUGAACAUGGUUGACGCGUUUCAGUUUCCACGCCCAUUUCGCUCUCCGUAUGGGUGGGAUGAUAUGGAAUCUUACUGGACCAUUCCAGGUACCAAUGUUCAUAUUCAGCGUGGCGAUAAAGUUGCCUUGCAUCAACCGAAAUACGAGGAAGGCGGUAGCACCAAAUCAGAACAGGAAACAGCUAAAGAAGAGGAGGCAAACUUCGAUCUGUUUCAUGGCUUGACGGAUCAUCCUUCUUACUCUAAAAAACCUUUCUGA